AUAGGAAUGGGGACAGGGACAGGAUAGGGAGUGGGACAGGGAUUGGGAUGGCCAGCCAUGGAUUGCCAAGGGUUGUUCCUCACCGGCAAGGAGCUGCUGUGGCAGCACUUGGGUGGGCGCAAGGACAGGGAUGGGGACAGUGACAGGGACAAGGACAGGGAUAGCAGUGCCAUGUCCCUGCCUGUCCCGCCAGGUCACAUCACAGCAGAGACACUGAUGUCCAUCCUGCGGGACAAGGGCAGCGGGAUCUGCGUGGACUCGGAGGGGUUCCGCACGGCGGGCAGCAUGGUGUCCGUGCUGCCCCGCGACCCCGCCCUGCCCUGUGUCCACUUCUUCACUGCCACCCCCGACCCCUCCAGGUCUGUCUUCAAGCCCUUCGUGUUCGUGGCCGGCAUCAAGCCCGUGCCGCAGGUGAGGUCCCCGACCUUCCCCCGUGACCCUGCCAAGCAGAUCCCGCGCUUCCAGAGCUCGGUGGAUCGGCGGCACGAGCUGUACCGCCGGCACCAGGCGGCCCUGGAGCUCAUGGAGCAGGACCAGGAGCGGGGCCAGAAGCUCCUGGAGACGCUGCAGGAGCUGGAGAAGCAGGGCCUGGAGGGGAUGAAGGCGCUGCUGGAGGGGACAGAGACCCCCCACCCGGAGGAACUGGCCGACCUCUUCUUCGACUGCGUGGAGGCAGAGCUGAAGUUUUACACAUAAACCCCCCACAGUCUCCUUCUCCAGAGUUUUUCUCCGGGACUGGACGCCACCAGGAGCUCGCUGGGACCCGUGGGAUCCCCGGAGGGGUGUCCCUGGCUGUGCCCGAGGCCGAGAAUGGCCCUGCCGGG